AUCCUCUUAAAUCCACAGUAUACGUUUAACAGUACCUACAGCAAUAUGUAUCGAUUUGUGAUAGCAGCGUUAUUGGUCGCCAGUGUGAAGGGUCAGCUGGUGCUCGAAGGACCAUGUAACUUCGCAGCAACCACGGCUGUGAGGAACUUGAAUGUUUCUGAGUUCUUAGGUGAAUGGCAGCAAAUAGCAAGAAUACCCAGCGCAGAUGAUGUAGGCGACUGCGCCUCUUCUACGUAUGAAGGAGUCGUUACAAAUGGUGUGCUGGUCAAUGGUACUAUUUUCAACAGACAAGUUGUGAAUCGAACUGUCCAAUGGGUCAAUGGGACAUUCAGUGCUGGUGAUAACGGAGUGUAUAUCUUCAGAUAUCCAGCCGGAGCCAUGAACGUGCUCGUCCUAGCCACGGAUUACACGGGAUAUGGUUUACUGUACAGUUGUGAACAGAACACAACACACAGGACAGUAUGGUCCUGGCAAAUCAGCAGAGCAAAGCAGUUCACAACAGAACAGAGUAAUCUGAUCAAUACAGCGAUAACCCUCAACACGGACCUCCGGAACGCCACCUGGAGGGCCGUCGGUCACACCGCUGAGCACUGCAAGACGAACUCCGCGAUCUCCAUAUUAGCCUCCCCGAUUAUUCUUGCACUUGUACUGUGUAACAUGCUGUCGUUUUUAAGCUAGAUUGUAAGAUUAUUUAAGUAACAUUUGUAUUAUAUAAGUAAAGAACUUGUUUGUA